AUGGCCCCUGCAGUCGGCACUUUGGGCGACUCUCCUCCUGGCAGCAAGGAGGACGCCCGCCGAGCCCGGAAACGCGUCACAGACCGCAAUUCGCAGCGGCAUCACCGUGAGAGACGCCGGGCGUACAUCAAGAAACUUGAAGAGACUGUGCAGUCCUACAAGCAGGGCUGCCUGCUCAAUGGCAAUGCCGAUACGGCGGCACUGCUUUCGGAGAUAGAAACCCUGAGGGCUAAAUGCCGGAGGUUAGAGUCUGUCGUGGAACGCAUCAAGGAUCUCUCCAGCUGUGUAGAUUCACCAACACCAGAUGCCGUUGAUCUUACCGACCCGCAGCAAAGUGAAGCAUCUCAGGGAGAUUUAAAUGACAAUGCCCCAACAAACGCUUGUUCUCUACAUGAUGAAUCAAUGGAAAGAAGCAAUAUCGAGAGUAUUGCUGGGCUCUUACCGCCAGCCGACUCCAAAGUCCAGACUUCUCGCAAUGCAGAUGGGGAGAGGGCAUCGUCAUUCCCUCAAGAUCUUGAUCUUGCUUCUUUCUUAGCCAACUACGCUAACCAAGGACUCGGGGAAACCAGCUCAUUAGGCGUGUCAGCUAACUCGGGUCUUGGGCUUGUUAGCACUAACGAGGAAACGCCGGUCGAAGAGUUCAGAUCCAUUCAACAUGUCGGAGGCUGUCUUUUUAGGAGCCCACCAAUGUCUUUAGCCCUGGUGCCAGCCUCACUUGGCUCAUCGACCUGUCCCUCAACCGGUCCCGAUGGCAGAUGUUAUGGGGUGCAUUCGGCGCUUCCAAUGGUAUCCCAGCCAAAAGGGGUGUGGGACUUGAUUGUACGAGACAUAAUACAAGACACCCAGCUCCAUUCUAGCACUCUACGUAAUGCUUCUGAGACGCCAUCUCUCCGAUCUGUGCUCGUGGACAAGUCCACUGAUGUGCUAGCCUCACGGCUGUUUUACCACAUCACUUCGUUCAACCCGAUACCGCUUCAUAUUGCGUUGGCAAGUUUCUGGGUCCAAUACCUCUACCUUAGAUGGGUUGCGACGGGAACAUGUGAAGCAUAUCACCAAAUUCCCGAGUUCAUGAGGCCAACCAGCCUGGAGAGGCGCAUUCCGCACCAGGUUUGCAUCGGUAUGCUCGUAUGGCCCGAUGUUCGGGGAACGCUCAUCCGAGACACUCAAUCCACUGACCCGGAGAGUAUUGGGAUUGAAUUACUACAGCACCUAUCUAAUAAACAUUGGUCUGCCACAUCUCAAGUUACCGGUGAUAUGAUCGGGGGCAUCGACAUACUUGCCAUCAUUCAACACCAGGCUUGUCAGUGGGAGACUUGGAAGGUUGAUCCUGUUUUUCAGCAAAAGUAUCCUCAGUUCGCCCACUGCGACUUCCCUUGA